UACUAAAAAUGACCGCAGCCAAGAUUGUGUUAGUUGCAGUUUGUGUGCUUGGAGUCAGUCAAGCGGGAAUUCUCCUGCCAGGAGCUCGACUAGCUGCAGCACCACUAGCGCCAGCAGUGCCAGUCAUCAACACCAACUAUGAUCCGCUGCCACAGUAUACCUAUGCUUACAACGUUCAAGACGCUUUAACUGGCGAUCACAAGAGCCAGCAAGAAACUAGAGACGGCGAUAUUGUGAAAGGCUCAUACUCGCUAGUGGAACCGGACGGCACUGUACGCACUGUGAUCUACACAGCCGAUCCCAUUAAUGGCUUCAAUGCGGUUGUUCAACGUGGUCCAUUGGUGCACAAAGCUCUGGUACCCGUGGCACCGGCUCCGGCCGCUGUUGUCGCACCAUUUACGAGAGUGUUAGGCCACGCAAAACCAGUUGUGCGGCAGCUAGUGGCGGUAAAUCAUCAUGAUGGCAAAUGCAGAAAAACGGUGCUUCUAAUAGAGCUAGUUACACGUGGUGGGAAGGAAUGCCAGUAG